AUGCUCAAGGUCUUACCAACUCAAGACCGAGAGGUUGCCAGCGGCACUGGAGGGGUGGUGGAAGCAUUCAAGUGCUACAGAAGGUUCGAUGUCUUUGAGAAGAGAGAAAAAAAGUCAUAUGGAGACGGCUUUGAGGUCGCAGCCGAGCUGGAGGUUGAUGGGUACCUGUACCGGGACUUUGACGAAAUCAUUGCGCGACACAUGGACCCCGACCCAAUCAUGGACAACCUGCGGCUGCUGCAGGAGCACAAACGCUUCGGCUUGCGCAAUGGCACUCUCCUCGAGAAAACGACUGUUGAGCAGGCCAUGCGGCAGAUCAGUAGUGACAACCACAUGCUGCACUACACUCUGCUGCUGAACUUUGAUGAGCCUGGGCAUGGUGAUCUUCUCUGGUGCAUGCAGGGCAGAAGCGUGAGGCAUGAGCUCAUCGAAAUCACUCCGCGGGGCUUCAGCUUGUGGAAGCACAACUUUGAUUCCUUGGAGCAGAUGAUCUCAUGGUUCAAAAAGGUCGGAUGGAGGAAUGCGCAGAAACUGCGACGGGACUACAAGGAGGACAGAAAGCUGCAAGCGCAAGUCUUGAAGGACAAGCGCGGCGACCAUGCAGAUCCAGAACACCGGUUCAAGAGGCAUAGACCCCUCGGCUACACCGCAACCACGACUUCAGGGCUGCAGACACCUUCCGGUCAAUCAGCUCGUUUUUUCUUUGCCCAAGAGUCAAACGCUGCCACCCCUGCGGGUAUGCGCAGCCCUCGCGUUGGUAUGCCGGGCAGUGUGGGCGCAGCACCGGGAAGUGCCCCGGGGAGUGUCGGAGGACUGGCAUCUCCAGGAUAUCAGUACGGCGCUCCGCAGACGCCCAUGAACGCUGCGACACCGGUGCCAAUGAAGGGUCCAGGCGCUGGGGUGUCGUGCUUCGGAAUUACAAAGCCUGCAAAAGGCCCCACGAGCCUAACAGGUCUCGAGUCCUAA